AUGUCUCACUGGGUGAUGAUGGCCGUCGCCAUGAUCGCCCCUACUGCGCAAAGCUGCUCUACGAGUGAUCCGACGAGUAUAUCCCUGCCAGUGAGGUUCCCCUUGAAUCUGUCUGGAGUGGCCGCGUCGGUCGUCGCAGUCGAGUCUGGCCAGACAACAGUUUCCUUCGACUGUCAUCCCAGUGUGACGGCGACAGAGGUCUGCAAUCCUGACGUGGAUCGCUGCAUCACGCUAGGUCCCCCUGUACCGGAUGAACCCGAUGCUCUUGAGGCAGCUAUCUAUAGAGGUGGAUGGGUAACAUGGCGUGAGGACCGAUGGUGUCGGCUCGAUUCAGGAGUUACUUGCGCCGAGGAUUUGACCACUGGGUCAACGGGAGCGCCGUCUCUCACCUCGCCCAUCUCAACACAGGACGGUGGCCUUGAGUUGCGAGAACCUGCCGCAAGCUCAGCGGAGGCGCAAACAUCAACAUCUGUGGUAUCCUCCACCUCUUCUACGGAGGCUUCUCCAACGUCUCCGCGGUCUGACGUAGGCGCCGAAACAACGGAGCCCAGGAUGUCCAUUUUGCUGGCGACGGGGAGCCCAGUCAUCCCGACGCUGGCUUCAACGACGUCAGGUUCAAGGAACACCGCUGGACUGCUACGGGAAGGGCAUGGUCUUGGGUUUGCUGUGGCUGCUGCUGGUUUGGUCGGCGUAGGUUUGAUUCUCUAG